CCUGGCGGCAGUUGGCGCGGCCCGGGAGGCGGCCGCACGUGCGGGCGGAGGCGAUGCGUCACUGAUCGGAGAAACCAGGAUGAAUAUGACUCAAGCCCGGGUGCUGGUGGCUGCCGUGGUGGGGCUGGUGGCCGUCCUCCUCUACGCCUCCAUCCACAAGAUCGAGGAGGGACACCUGGCUGUCUACUACAGGGGAGGAGCUUUACUAACUAGCCCCAGUGGACCAGGCUAUCAUAUCAUGUUGCCUUUCAUUACCACCUUCCGAUCUGUGCAGACAACACUACAAACUGAUGAAGUAAAGAAUGUGCCUUGUGGGACAAGCGGUGGAGUCAUGAUCUACAUAGAGCGAAUAGAAGUGGUUAAUAUGUUAGCUCCUUAUGCAGUGUUUGAUAUCGUGAGAAACUACACUGCAGAUUAUGAUAAGACCUUAAUCUUCAAUAAAAUCCACCAUGAGCUGAACCAGUUUUGCAGCGCCCACACACUACAAGAAGUUUACAUUGAACUGUUUGAUCAAAUAGAUGAAAACCUGAAGCAAGCUCUACAGAAAGAUUUAAACGCCAUGGCCCCUGGCCUCACUAUACAGGCUGUGCGUGUUACAAAACCCAAAAUCCCAGAAGCCAUAAGAAGAAAUUUUGAGUUAAUGGAAGCUGAGAAGACAAAACUUCUUAUAGCUGCACAGAAGCAAAAAGUUGUGGAGAAAGAAGCUGAGACUGAGAGGAAAAAGGCUGUUAUAGAAGCAGAGAAGAUUGCACAGGUGGCAAAAAUUCGCUUUCAGCAGAAGGUGAUGGAGAAAGAAACUGAAAAGCGCAUUUCCGAAAUUGAAGAUGCUGCAUUCCUUGCUCGAGAGAAGGCAAAAGCUGAUGCUGAGUAUUAUGCUGCACACAAAUACGCCACCUCAAACAAGCACAAACUGACCCCGGAAUACCUGGAGCUCAAAAAGUAUGAGGCCAUCGCUUCUAACAGUAAGAUCUACUUUGGAAGCAACAUCCCUAGCAUGUUUGUGGACUCCUCUUGUGCUUUGAAAUACUCAGAUGUUAGAACUGGAAGAGAAAGCUCCCUCCCCACGAAGGAGUCUCUUGAACCCUCUGGAGAGAGCUCCAUCCAAAACAAGGAGAGCACAGGUUGAUGCAAGAGGCAGAAAUGUUCUCCCAUAUCAAGACGUGGCCCAAGGGAUUAAGUGGGAACAAUGGCAAUGUGGACUCUUAAGAUUUUGCAAAGAACUCGUGUUCCCUCUGUUCUGCUUCUCCUGUGAUAGUCCUGGUUUGUCAGCUGAUUACAGGAGAAAGCCAGUUGUCUGGCUCUCUCAAAGUCUUUUCAGCUACGAUUUUAUCACGUAUCCUGUACGUGUUCCUUUUCAAACUGGUACUCAUGAAUAAGGGAAAGUCUGAUGCUAAGAUACUGCCUGCACUGGAAUGUUAAACACUAAAUAUAUAACAAGCUGUGUUUUUCUAAGCUGAGAUCUAUUGAAUAAUGUUUACAUUGGUCUCCUGGGGAAGUGAGUGCUCAACCAGUCAAGAUAUGCACAGCCAGAGAGAAGAUGGCCAGGAUCUGGUAAGUUAGAGAAGACGGACUCUGCCUGGGACCCAAGCUCCAACUUUGGGAUAUGGUGCCAGCAUUCACCCAUGUGGUGAUUACCCGGGCCACUCAAAUUCCCCAGGAAAUGAUCUUCCACUUGAGCAAUCAUUUACUUGAGACGAUUUUUACCUUCUUGUUUUUCUACAUUGGUUUAGUGGCCUGCCAGGGACAUGUGCUUUGCACCUAACCAGAGAUUUUUAAUUGCUAGUUUAUUGCAUUAGUAGGCUCAGAGAUAAAGAGGGCUUGGCUUGAAGUUUGAGUGAGAUGCAACCUUUGCUCUUAACCAAGGCUCCGAGACCCUUCUGUUCCCUCCACUGGGUGAUGCCUGUCAGUGUGACUGUCCAGGUCACGUGUGAUUAAGGGGUCCGAUUUUUAACCACAGACAACUCCUUAUAUGUCACCUCGCAACUCUCGCCAAGACUGGGACAGGGCUUUAACCAGAAGUAGAAACAGUGUAAAAGUCUGGGCCACUUACUGCACAGUAUUGUAUCAUUGCAGGAAGUUUUUAUGUUUGAAACUGGAUCUAGGGUGCAUUCAUUUGCUCCAGAACUUCUGUCAAAAGAGCAAAUCGUCCAGCUACCAUGGUUCCUAGCUCACUAAAGCUCACGUGGUCUGGAACAAGGAACAGUCUAGAAAGCAUCUUUGAACAUCUUUCUCUUUUCUCCUGACCCUGAGAUGCUGAACUUUCAUAUUCUCUAGGAGACCAAGAUUCCACUAAUUUCCUGGGUAGCCAUUGGAUCUGAUUUUCCGUGGGAGGAUGACAGUUAACCUGUGGCUGUAGGAAAAUGUACUUUGUCUGGACCUUUGUUUCCUUCCAAUUAGCUUUCCUGGGACAGUGUGCUACGUAACGAGGGCUAAGCUUGUACCACUUGUUAAGACACCUCUUGUAUUCUGUGUUGAAGCCAGAUAAGAAAAGUCCUGGGACCACUUCCAGAAACCUCUUGGUUGUCAGUCCUGAUGUUCUUAUGACAGCCUAAUGGGUUGUGCCAAACACUUUAUUGGAAAAGGAAAGCCCAAAUUUUUUAGUGGGUCUUUUCCUUAGGCCUUAUACUAUAGAGGCAUUUGUACUAAGGAGAAAAUCACUUUUGUUUUUACUCUUUAAUUCUGUAAAGUCUCUAUGAAUGAAUUUUGUGUUUUUAAACUCUCCUUAAAAGAACUUUUGCAUUAUAAGAAACUUAACCUGUCAUUGUUACUGCAGAUAAAUACUGGUUGCUGUGGGAAAUCUGGAUCGUUGACCCCUGUGCUUUCAUCGCAGAGAUGUUUGCUAUUCACAUGAGCAAAAGUCAGUUGCCCCAAUGUGAUGGCUGUGAGUGCUGCUGGCAGCCAGAGUCCUUGAGGCAGGAUCAAGAACAGAAAAAUGAUACUGAAAGGAAACACUUCCUGCUUAAACUCCCUGUGAGCUCUGCUUCCUGGGCCCCCCAGUGAACUCUUGAGUCUAGCCAUCCCUCAGGGAUGUUCAUUUGGGCAAAUAUACACUGUAAUCUUGGUCAAAAUUUAUAUGUGAAAUGCUACCUUUUUUUAAAAUAAGAAACUAAAUAAAAUUAUUUUACUAUCA